AUGGUCACACGAAAAAAUUUUUAUCUCUACAAAUGGUACGCAGAUAUAGUUGAUGAGAAAACUAGUGAUGUAACCAUUGUUUAUCUAGGAGAGCUUGAAUGGAAUUUUUUAAAACUUAGCUUUACAAAUAUUUUGCAAUUUCUUCAAAAAAGUCAUUUAAUAUCGCAAGCAACAUUUUCAAAUUAUAGUUUGCCAGUAUUGGAAAAUAAAUCUUUUCACAUUAAUUCCUUGCAAUUAUCUGGUCAAUGGGAAUCGAAAAGUGAGUCUAUUAUUGAAAAAUUGUUUGAAAGUAAUGAUGGAUAUAUUCUAUGGGAAUGUUUUAUGCCAAGCGCAUCAGGACAAAUAAAAAUUGAUGAAACGAUACGUAAAGGGUUGGGAUAUGUCGAACGAUUAACGUUAACUUUGAAACCAUGGCAAUUACCAAUCAGUAUUUUACGAUGGGGAAGAUUUCUAUCUGAAAAUCAACAUAUUGUUUGGAUACGUUGGGACGGUGAACAAAAGCGAUGUUUAAUUUUUCAUAAUGGAACCAAAUCUGUCGAUGGAAUUAUCAAUGAUGAUAUCAUUGAAUUUGGGCGUUAUCGUUUGAUGUUAUCUGAAAAAUAUACUUUACGUAAUGGACCUUUGAUCAAGACUGUAUUUGAUAAAUUUUCUUGGAUCAAAAAUACUUUUCCAUCGGGAGUUCUCAAUAUGAAAGAAUGUAAAUGGCAGACAUGGAGUGAACUUUAUGAAAAUGAUCGUUCAAUUGCCAUCGGUUGGUCUAUACAUGAAAAUGUUGAGUGUAAACCGACGAUGAGUUUUAUUGGAAAAAUACUUUAUGGUUCUCUAUUUACUAUUUUGAUUCCUUUAGUAUUAAUGUUUUGGUCAAAACAAACAGAAAAAUAUAUUCAUCUUCCGAUGCCAACAAAUUCCAUCGUAGAUAUUUUAUUAAGUUUAUUCGGAGUAGUUUUGAUGAUUUCUGCUAUGCUAGAACUAUGGAUAAAAGGCAAUGGACUUCCAAUGAAUGCAUAUCCACCACCGAAAUUAGUCACAACAGGUGUAUAUAGAAUAUUUACGCAUCCGAUUUAUAUUGGAUCGUCAUUAUUAAGUAUUGGUAUAUCAAUGUGUUUUCAAUCAAAAAGUGGAUUUUGGUUAAUUUCUCCUAUUUUUACAUUAGCAUGGCUUGCACUUGUUCAUGGCUAUGAAAAUGAGGAUUUAAAAAAACGAUUUCCUGAAUGUACUUGGAAUCCAUUAUUAAACAUACCGGAAAAUGUAAAGAUGAAACGUCAAUUGAAAGAUAUUGUGUCAGUUUAUUGUUUUGUUUUAAUUCCAUGGUUAAUCUUGUAUCAAACUAUUAUAUUUAUUGGAACGCCUGUGAAUUCAAUAUCAACUUAUUUAACAUUUGAAAAUAAUCUACCAAUUAUAGAAUGGACAGAAUUAUUUUAUCUUUCUGCUUAUCCAUAUGUCAUAUUUUUGCCUUGUGUUUUACAAACAAAACAACAAAUUCGUUCUUUUAUUUUUGCUGGUUUGAUGAAUAUUUCUAUUGGCAUUUAUCUACAAGUCAUAUUUCCAUUUGUAGCUGUACCUAGAGAGUUUAGUCCGACAACAAUUAUAGGAGAAAUAUUAUUACAUGAACGUGAUCUAGACGGGCCAGUUGGUGCCUUGCCUUCAUUUCAUGUAUCGUGGGCAUUUUUGUCCGGUUAUUAUUAUACAUGGAGUUUUCCGAAAUAUAAUUUCAUAUUUUACAUUAUAUCAAUUCUUAUAUCUGCAAGUUGUGUUACUACAGGAAUGCAUAGUAUACUGGAUGUUAUAGCAGGUUUUAUAUUAUUUAUAAUUUGUAUUAAACGAGAAACAUUAUGGAUUUAUAUAAGAAAUUAUUUCGAAAUUUUAGCAAAUUCAUGGUCAUGCUUUAGAAUUGGUAAAAUACGUGUUAUUAGUCACAGUUUUUAUGCAUUUAUAACUACAUUUACUGGCACUUUUCUACUCUGUUCUCUUGUCGCACAUACUUAUACUAUAGUACUCGUUAGCACAUCGUCUUUAAUUGGCGCAGGAAUAUGGGGACAAUAUAUUGAAAAAUCUUCUGGAUUAUCUAGACCAUUUGGUUAUUUUGGUUGUAUUAUGGGUGGUGCUAUCGGCUCAAUACUAGCUUCAUGGCUUUUUUCUAUUCCGUUGAUUUCAAUUCUAUCGGCAUAUGCUUUAGCAAGUCCUUGGAUACAAGGUCUAGGUCGUUUUCGUUGUGUCAUACAAGGAUGUUGUCAUGGUAGACCAACAAAUAAAUUUAUCGGAAUAUUAGUUACCAAUCCUCGAUCACGAGUGUGUUCACUAUCAGAUUUGAAAGAUAUUUAUGUUCAUGUAACAGCAGGUUACUCCAUGUUGGCAAAUCUUGUCAUUGGAAUGUUUUUAUGGAGACUUUGGUAUUCCAAUGUUGCAUUAACUUUGAUACUUAGUCUGUAUUUUAUUUUAAUUGGCCUUAGUCGAUUUGUUGAAGAAGCCUAUCAAGGCGAAGUUCAAACACCAAUUUAUUAUAAAUUAAAAAUCUAUCAAUGGACAUCAAUUGUAUUUGUCGUCAUAGGUAUUAUUAUCAGUAUACUGCCAUUUGAUGAUGGUGUAUCUUUGAAAUUGAUUUGGAAUUGUGAAUAUUUAGUCCCUUGUAUUCUAUUUGGUUUAUUUACAGCAUUUGUGACGGGAAUGGAUUUUCCUGAAUCAAAUAGUAGAUUUUCUAGAUUAUCAGAUUGA